ACAAUUAGAAGCGUUAGUCAUGUAUAGUUUGUUAAUCUUGUUUCCUCUGUUUCUUUGCGCAGUUGGGCAAGACGUGCCUGAAAUCGAUGCCGGUGUUCUGGGUAAAAUUCUAGGAACUUAUGCUACAACAAUGCCCGCAUCCCGUGGGAGAACGUACAUGCAGUUCCUUGGAAUUAAGUAUGGGGAACAACCAGUUAGAUUUAUGCCUUCUGAGUUACGGGAAGAACUUUUGAGUGAGGAUGGAGUCUUUAACGCCACCCAGUAUGGAAGUAGAUGUCCCCAGCCGGACGAAAGAGAUACUUUUUUUGAGGAUUGUCUCUUCCUCAAUAUAUUUGCUCCGAAUAUUUCAGAGAAACGCCACCCCGUAUUAUUGUUUAUCCCUGGUGCUGGGUUCACAUCCGGAGGUGGAGACUGGAUGCGUGGCGAGCGACUACUGAAUAAGGACAUUAUUCUUGUUAUCCUUAACCAUCGACUGGGAAUUCAUGGAGCCUGUAACCUAGAAAUAGCUGAUUUGGCUCCAGGGAAUGCAAUGCUAUCUGACACGCUAACCGCUUUAAGAUGGAUCCAGUCCUUCAUUGGUUACUUUGGCGGGGAUCCAAAUCUUGUGACCAUCGCGGGUCAGAGUUCCGGGGGAGCUAUGACAUCGCACGCUCUCGUUUCUCCUAAAUUUAGAGGUCUUGUUCAUAGGGUUGUUGCCGUUAGUGGGAGCACCCUUGACCCCUCCACGUUUUCAAGGGAUCAUUCAACUGCAGCUUUGAAAGUUGCCGGGUUUGCGGGAUGCUACGAUCAUUCCCUUCCUGUAAACAAGACUCAAGUCGCAAUAUGCCUCAGGGACAUUCCACAUGAGGAGUUAAGUAGAGCACAAGACAGUUAUUACAUUGACGAAAUGAAAAUGGGCACUAGUAUUGGAUUCGAAGCUAUUAACCCAAGUUUACAAUCGUUUAUGGCUUCGGAUCAAGCUAUAAUUCCCCAAAUGCCGUAAACUGUGUUAGAGAAGGGGGAACAGA